GUCUAUGUAAGACGCUACCAAAUCAUAGAUCAAACAGCAGCACAGUUUAAGGGUCUCGACUUGUACAACUAUAUCACAAUGAGUAUAAAAGAAAUAGAGAAAAGUUCAGCGUUUACUAUCCCAACAGCGACAGCAAUUCGCUUUCCUGUGAAUGGCGAGGAAAAUCCCGAUGGAGUCCAUUCAACUAGUAAAUUUCCAAUUCUAUCACCUGUUAUAACUCAGACUAGAAGACGUAGGGCAGUAAGUACGGCAAAGCAGAAAGAGCCUGCAGUUGUAGCGAGACGAAACGCUCGCGAAAGAAAGCGAGUGAAGCUUGUCAACGAUGGGUUUGUACGCCUUAGGAAGCACGUCCCGACGGACCCGAAGAAUAAAAAACUAUCCAAAGUAAAAACGCUCCGAAGCGCCAUCGAUUAUAUCCGUCAUCUUCAACAUCUGCUUAGUCAAGCGAAUAAACACCAGCUACAUACUGAAUCUGACUUGGAUCCAGCUGCUACAAGCUCAACGAUUGAGUGGAUCGCUACUGACCUCAAACGAGAAGAUGAAUUUAAAGAAGAAUACAAACCUAUAUUUACUUUCACGACACAACCAAGACCUAGAAGUCCAGAGCCAACGAAUGGCUACUGAAAAUACACUUUUUUGGUAAAGAAAUUGUAAACCAGACAUUUCAAAUGCAGGCUUUAGGAAGAGCUACAAGGACUAAAAUGAAGACAACCAAGCUCACAAGUCGAGUUCGUCACUGAUAAUGAAUGCUCAGCGUCGAGACAAAGAAAGAGAUAUAUACGCCCUGAUUAAAAGAGAGAAAUCCUCAAACAGAGCUAACAGUCCGCCGAGAGAUAUAUUUAUACAUAAAAUCCAAAUCAAAAAUCCCAAUCAAUUUAUCGGGAAAACGAAUAAUUAUAUAUAUGUAAUAUACAUAGGACAAAACAGAAGAAAAUAUAAUUUAUACGAAGUGUUAUGUAGAUAGAGUUACGUUUUCAACAAAUAUUGAACAUGAUCUCAAUAAAUUGUAUAGAAGGUUCUUAUUUGAAACACGA